GUGUAUGUAUAAACCUGCAGGGUAACAGUGAAUUUGUUUCUUAUAAAAUGGAUCUGUUCACUUCUAUAUGUCUGGCGAUAUUUGUUGCCUUUAUCAGUGGCGGAAUGUACAUAAUGGAAGAACGUUUAAGCACCUUAAUUUCGGUUUAUGAAGAAAACACAAAUGCUCACGAACGAUUGGCUUCCGGAACUGAAAAACUGAUCGCGGCAUAUGAUCAACACACAACUACAAACAUUCAGCAGAAUGAGGAUAUCCAAAACCAGUUACGCUCUAUCAACCAGUCGUUGUCUGAAGUUCAUAUGCAUCUGGAUGCUGGUCAACUUAAAGACUGUCAGGAUAUUAAGAAAUCCGGGAACACGAAAAGCGGAGUAUACACUAUACAUGUGGUGAACUACGGACCAACACGGGUUUGGUGUGACAUGGAUACGGACGGAGGAGGUUGGACGGUAUUUCAGCGACGAAGCAAUGGAUCAGUUGACUUCUAUAGAACAUGGAACGAGUACAAAAAUGGAUUUGGAAAUCUUAACGGGGAGUUUUGGCUAGGUAACCAGGUAUUACACUUCCUGUCGUCUCAAGGUGGGUACGAACUUAGAAUUGAUCUUGAGGAUUACGACCAGAGCAAGCGGUUUGCUGUUUACAAGCUCUUCCAUGUAGGCAGCCUAGACAUGAACUAUAAGUUAACCGUGAGAUUCUACAGCGGGAAUGCCGGUGAUUCUUUGAAAUUUUAUAAUGGCAGACAGUUUUCUACACACGACGCAGACCACGAUACUGCAAAAGAGAAUUGUGCAUUUGAGUAUAGAGGUGCUUGGUGGUAUGAAAGGAUGCCAUGUAUCCAAUUUGAAUGGAUUGUACCUGAAAGACAACAAUAAGGAGUAUGCUGUCGGAGUCGUUUGGUUUCAUUGGCAAGGAUAUUAUUAUUCAUUGAAAAGCUCGCAGAUGAUGAUACGAAGAAUAUUGAAAAAGUGAUCUACUUGAUGUCAGUUUUAUGUACGUUGCUGAUGUUUUGUUAUCUAAUUUACUGGGUUACUGGGCUAGGUCACGUUGGCAUAGUAACCAAGAUCGCAUGUCAGCCGAACAGUUGCAGAUGAGUUGCAUUAAACUUCUCUGAUUCCCUUGUUGUGUAUUUGAAUAACUAGGAAAUGUCACAUGAAUGUAGAGUCACCGUUCGUUACGAAAACUACCAUGAUAAUAUAUAUACUGUAUUACUAAGUAGAAUUGGAUGAUUGAAUUCGGCUUCAUUAUGUUUUUGCUUGAUCCUUAGAGGUUGGAAGCAGUUGUAACAUUAUUUUAUUCCUUUUUAAUUUUGUGUCGUUCGUCUUUAAUCACACAGUUAGCCUGUUAUUCAUUGAAUUCGCCGGUGUAAUAUAUUUGCGUAAUUGUCACUUGUGCAAUAUAGCAUGGAGAGUUUUAAUUGGAUGUGCCUGUCAAAAAUCGAUUGUGACGUCAAUAUAUGAAAAAUGACGUGAUAUUAUGGAUUAUGAAUGACGCAACACGAAAUGGCUGUCUUCGUUUGAUUAAGACCUCCAAAUUUUACCAGGAAAAAAGUGUCAACAAAUAAGUGAUGUGAUGCAAUAUAUCUUCAAGGGAUUGUUUCCAGUAGUGCUAAAUUAACAUAGGACUAUUGCUUCGGCAUCUCUUAAAAUCCAUAUAUACCAAUUUUCAUUGAAAUCGAUCAAUAUUUGAAUUUCCACCAAUGAGAGGCCAGGAAAUAGCGCGCAGUUGUAGCCCACCAUCAACAAAUAGUGGGUUAUUCAAAUCGCCCUGCGUCCGUGGUCCGUGGUCCGUCCGUCCGUCCGUCCCGCCGUCGGUAAACAAUUCUUGUUAUCGCUAUUUCCCAGAAAUCGUAAAUUGUACGAUGCUUACUUUUCGAAUUAUACGCAAUUUAAUUCCAAUCAGAACAGAAGAUUAUCGAAAAUUACCGGAUUAUUUUCGUAAUUGUUAAGACACCAAUGUGCUAGACUACAACGGAAGGUAACUCUCAUUUAAUUAUUAGCUAUCGUUUCAGGUAAAACGAACAGUUAUUGCGAAGAUAGCAGUGUUUGCAUGCACAUUUUUGAGUAUCAAAAUACCUGUGGGUUUUUCAAAAAUCAUAUUCCAUUAAUUCCACCUUGAAGUAAACAGUAUCCCAGUAUAAAUAUAGCCUCGACUUAAUUUGGCAGUAAGAUGUUCGAAUAAAGGUUUAGUUGAACAAACACUUGAGCUAGCAAUACAUCGUAUGAUUCUCGUGAAGUUAAGUGUGAACAAGGUAGAUGUGAAUCCUUUUCAAUAUCCGGUAUUUUGAUAAAUCGCAAAACUGAAGAAUGAUUGAAAAAUGGUUGACAAACAAGUCUAGCUCCAUGUGUAGACAGAAAUUAGUAAAUUUCUAAAACGCCCAAGGUAGGUUGUGGGUAGAAUUUGAAGCAUACUUACAGUCUGAAAAAUGAAGACAAUUAAUUAUGAAAAUAGUCAUAAUUAUAGGCUAUUGGGCUUGAUUAAGUAAUAUUUAAUAAAUGUAUAUAUUAAUUCUG